CUAGAAAGUGGCUUUAAUUAAUCUCACCUGCAAUUUCAAGCUCCUUCCAUUUUUAUACCCUUCCCUUUACUUCACCAUCCAUCUCUUCCUCCCCUUUCUUCAUCACCUUUUCAAAAAUGGCACUCUUCUCUUUUUUAACUUCUCUUUCUUCCUCCUCCAACCACCUCAUCUUCACCCUCCUGGCUUUCCUCUUUUCAGGCCUCAUUUUCUUGCUCACCCACAAAUCCAAAUCCAAAAGGCUGUGUCUCCCUCCAGGACCCCCUGGAUGGCCUAUUGUUGGAAAUCUUUUUCAAGUGGCUCGUUCUGGGAAGCCCUUCUUUGAAUAUGUUGACGAACUCAGACCAAAGUAUGGGCCAAUCUUCACUCUCAAGAUGGGCACAAGAACAAUGAUCAUCCUCACUGAUGCCAAGUUGGCUCAUCAAGCUCUGAUUGAAAAGGGUCAAGUUUAUGCCACUAGGCCUCCCGAGAACCCUACCAGGAACAUCUUCAGUGCCAACAAAUUCACUGUGAAUGCAGCAGUUUAUGGCCCAGUUUGGAGGUCGCUCAGAAAAAACAUGGUCCAGAACAUGCUCAGCUCAAGCAGGAUCAGAGAGUUUCGAGGUGUGAGGGAUAACGCAAUGGACAGACUCAUCAAUAGGCUUAAAGCCGAAGCAGAGGCCAACGAUGGGGUUGUUUGGGUUCUCAAAAAUGCAAGGUUCGCUGUCUUUUGCAUACUCGUAGCUAUGUGUUUUGGACUCGAAAUGGAUGAAGAAACAAUAGAGAAAAUAGAUCAAGUCAUGAAAUCCGUCCUCAUCACUUUGGACCCCAGAAUCGAUGAUUUCUUACCAAUUCUGAGCCCCUUCUUCUCAAAACAGAGGAAGAAGGCUUUGAGCGUUCGAAAGGAACAGAUUGAGUUCCUAGUCCCAAUCAUUGAACAACGAAGAAGAGCAAUCCAAAACCCAGGUUCGGACCACACAGCGACGUCGUUUUCCUACCUAGACACCCUCUUCGAUCUCAAAGUCGAAGGAAGGAAAUCCGGGCCUAAUAACGCAGAGUUAGUCUCUCUCUGCUCAGAAUUCCUCAACGGCGGCACAGACACCACCGCAACCGCCGUUGAAUGGGGGAUCGCACGGCUCAUUGCGAACCCACAAAUUCAACAAAAACUGUUCGACGAAAUUACGCACACAGUUGGAUCAAAAAAGGUUGAUGAAAAAGACGUCGAGAAAAUGCCAUACCUGCAAGCCGUAGUAAAAGAAAUCUUACGCAAGCAUCCUCCCACGUUCUUCACUCUCACGCACGCAGUCACAGAGCCAACAACACUCGCAGGAUACGACAUCCCUACCGACGCAAACAUUGAGAUCUUCACUCCAGCCAUUGGAGAGGAUCCGAAGCUGUGGUCGAACCCGGAGAAAUUCGACCCGGACAGGUUCAUCACCGGCGGCGAAGACGCCGACAUAACAGGGGUGACCGGAGUGAAAAUGAUGCCGUUCGGAGUGGGAAGAAGGAUAUGCCCGGGAUUGGGUAUGGGGACGGUACAUAUUCACCUGAUGAUGGCGAGGAUGGUGCAGGAAUUUGAGUGGGAAGCGUAUCCGCCGGAGAAGAUGGUGGAUUUCACCGGGAAAUUGGAAUUCACCGUGGUGAUGAAGGAGAGCCUCAGAGCUAAGAUCAAGCCCCGAACCUGAAAGAUGUUAUUUUACGUGUCAUAUGGUUUAUCUCGUUUGUGGAUUUUCUUUGAAAAAUACAAUUUCAUUUCAAUA